CACACACACUCGGGGAUUUCACCUGAAAGUGUAAAGGCCAGAUCUAUUGCCUAUACAGAUGACUCAUAACAACGUACACCAGGUGGAUGUAAGGCGCCUCGAUCAUGCUGAUGCCAUGCUGUGUGAAGCUCCAAGAACCAGUUUUUGGAGAGCACAAACUCAUUUGCAGAUGAGCGUUCUCCCACACUUAAAAGUGAGGUUUCUGUGAGGAUCUCCAAGCUGUCCCUCGGUUUUUCGCUGGACUCGACCGGCGCUUGGACUUCCCGUGGUUUCGCUCGAGGGCCACCGCAGGGUGGCCGUAUUUUCCGGUUGCCCCCACAGGGGCGGUGCCGCGUCGCGCCGCGUGGUGUGAGCCUGUUUCCAGCCAAAGCUACAGCUGAAGGAGGUGAGCCAUGGCGGCGCGUCAACCAGGGAGACCCUUGCAGCUGAUCCAGUUGAACAUGGAAGAGAGGAAAGUUGAGGUCAACGAAGAUGCGUUAGGCCGACUUGAAAAGCGCUUGAGAGAGCUGGGCGCUACAGCAGUGGCGGUGGUGUCUGUCAUGGGCGCCUUCCGCACCGGCAAGUCGUUUCUGCUGGACCUGUUCCUGCGCUUCCUCAGAUGGGAGGCCGAUCACCCCAGCGAGGCCGCUGAGGCGGCGCAGGCCGAGGCUCCAGCGCGGGGCGGCGACGAGGAGUUUCCGCUGCCCAGCUGGAUCACGGCCGCGGGCGCCGCCUUGGAGGGAGCCAGUGAUGACUCCGAGGGCUUCCGCUUCAAGGGAGGCAUGGAUGCCUGCACAGAAGGGAUCUGGAUUUGGUCCGAGCCCUUCAUGCGGAAGAUCGAGGAUAGAGAGGUGGCGGUGCUGCUCAUGGAUACCCAGGGAGCCUGGGAUAGCAACAUGACCAAGGAGCAAUCUGCCACCAUCUUUGGACUCACGGCCGUGCUUUCUUCCAAACAGAUCUACAACAUCAACAUGCAGAUCCAGGAAGACAAGGUGGAGAACCUCGCGUACUUCAUGCGCUUCGCCCAGGCGGCCCUCAACAAGGCGGCCGCCGAGAUGGAGCGGCAAGGCCAGGGGCCAAGCCGGGACGACAUCGAUCGACCCUUCCAAUCGCUGGAUUUCCUCGUCCGGGAUUGGCGACACUUCCGGGAUGACUGGACUGUGGAGCAGUGCAAGGAUCAAAUGCAGCAGCACUUGUCAAGACAUGUGAAUCCUCAGAAGAUGGUGGAGAACAGUACUGCCGAGGCUUUGCAUGCCAUGUUCAAGCGCUUGAACUGCUUCUGCUUGCCACAUCCGGGCUUGAUCAUCGAAAAAGAUACCUGGUCUGGCAAUGUCUCGGACAUUAACAAAGACUUCAUUCGCUUCAUGGAUCUCUACGUGAGGGACGUGUUUUCCACAGGUUUGAGCACCAAGAAGAUCUUGGGCUCUGAGUUGAGUACAAUGAGUUUUCCGCUGGUGCUGCGCGAUUUCGUGAGCGCCUUCCACGAGGCCGCUCCGGCGGCCAUGUCCUUCACCCAAGCCAUGACCAACUGCACGGUCCUGCUUGCGAAGGAGCAAGCGAUGAAGAGCUUCACGAAAAAGAUGGACGAGGAAGCCCAGAGGCAUCCUCGAGGCAUAAAACCUGAAGAAUUCGAAGAAUUGAGCAGAUCAAUCACUCAACAACUGGAGGAUGACUUCAAAUCUGUGACCAUUUUUGGGUCUGAUGAGACCCGGAAGGACACAUGGAAGGAGAUUCUCGAGAACCUGAAGAGCCUUCAUGGGCGAUAUGCCGAAGAGAAUUCAAGGCGAUUGGAAAAGGUUUUGGUGAGCUUCGCCAGCUGGUGUCUUUUGGGAUUGGCCCUUUUCAUCCUGGACCGCUUGAGUGAUUGGGUUUGCGACUGGUGGUCAACCACCUGUGCAGAAGCCAGUAAGGUUGCGAUGAUGGGCUAUUCUGUCAUAGCUGUAUACGUGGGUUUUCACGCGUACCUGGCCUACCAUGAUCAGGGCAGACUGGCGGUCGUCAUGGCCGGAGGCGAGUUGUGGAAGGAGAUGGUGAGACUCAUGGGUGUGUAUGGCCAGCUAAUCCAGGAGAUGAAUUUCAAAGAGCUUCAAGAGAACAUCCAAAAGGCCCUCAAGCCCGUCCUCAAGCCCGAUAGCGGCGAGAGCAAUGCUGCCAGCAACAAGAAAGAGGACUGAGCCUGCAGUGCUCCAAAACGCACGUGGAGCCGAAAAAACAUGCUGAAAAGCUGUGAGGGUCCACAUUUUGCUUGGAAAACACAGGCGUGCAAAAGGCCAC